GUGGUACGCUGCACUGUUUUUAAGUCGAAUGAGCUCAGUUGUGGUUAUAAACACAGUCAGUGUUUUACUCAAAGCCUUUAUUUUCUGGCAACGUUGUCUGAGAGGAUCCGGGGGGGGGCGGUUUAACUAAUUCGCCGCGAUUGCAUGAGUUUUAUUACAGUGUUAAGUUUCAUAUAUUGAAUGUUGCUUGUCCUGUUUGUGGACAAACUUUCACUUCCAGCAAGUCAAACAUCCGUCUUCGCAUCAUGAGGCACAUUGCUAAUCCAGCUGCUUUGGCUUACUCCAUGACAACGCUUGGUGCUGGCAUGAUGAACAGCAUUUUUAGUUUCUACUAUGUAAAGCUUCUUCUGUCAAUCAAGAAGUUGACCGAGAAAAGCCAGAGAAGAGCAGAAGCAGGAGACAAAGGGAUGAUGGUUGUCUUUAUGAUCUGGAAUGCACUGAAUGACCCCUUGUUUGGAUAUUUGCAAGACAACUCGAGUAUGGAGUGUUGCUCACGGAGGAGGCUCUCCAUUUUAUACGGAGCCCCGCUGUACUGUCUGUCUUUCUUGCUGGCGUGGUUCCCGUGGAGGACGUACGAGCCGGAAGACUGGCUGAGCGGCGUCCACCUCAUGGUGACCCUCUGCGCUUUUGAUGGCAUGCUCACAUUCGUGCUGUUAGCCCAGUGUGCCCUCUUUGCAGAAAUCUCCGGUCACCAUCAGAACAGACUGAGGCUGAUUAAAUACAGCCAGGUGGCGUCUCUGGUGGGCUCCUCCAGUGUGCUGUUCUGUGGUCUCGUCUCCGGAAACAUGGACAACUUUGCUGCCUUCCAGGGCUUCAGCGUGGUUGUGGCCAUAUUGGCCUGUGUUUGCAUGCUGUACACGGGCUUCAACAGCGAGAGUCGAUUUGACAGUAAAGCCUCUGAAGAAGAUUCCCAGAGUCCUCAGAAGCCGCCACUCUCGGUGUCGUCCGUGAUGUCCAUGACCUGUCAGAUCAUUACCAACAGAGACUUCCAGCUGUUCGUAAUCAUGAACUUUUUCCAGGUGUUCAUGGUGGCGUUCUGCAAUAACUUCACUAUGAUUUUUGCAGAGCAUCUCAUUCCUCAGGAUGUCCUGCCAUCGCUUGCCAAGAGCGUCAUGUAUGGAGCUGGAUUCAUCUGUCCUCAGUUGUUGGUUUUGUGCAGCCAGAAUCUGCUCCAUAAGUUUGGCUACUACAGACUCAUUCUGAUCACCUUCUACGUGGAGGCCGGAUCUGCUGUGAUCAUGUUACUCCUGGGUCCAGGCAACUACUAUUUCCUUGCAUUGUUCCUCACUUCCAACAUGGUCUUGGUUCAGGCGGCCUUCAGUCUCUUCAAUUUGCCUCUAGCUGACAUCAUUGACUCUGACCUGCAGAAAUACAAACGCAGCUCUCCUCUCUCGUCUAUGGUUUUUGGGACCAACGCUCUUUUCACAAAGCCGGCACAGUCUUUAGCUCCUAUGCUGGUCGUGUCGGUUCUAAACCAAUAUGGUUAUGCAGAAAUAAAAGAUGUUGGGAAGGCUGCAGAUCCAAGUGCUCUUCAGUCCCUACACAGUGUCAUGUUUUACCUGGUGUGUGUGGUGCCGUUGUGUGUCACAGCCCUGCAGGUGCUCGCGUGGAGGCCGUUCUCCAUACGAGAGAGCCACACGAUGGACUCAAAGUACAUCGAGGGGUGACUUUGGCUCUUUUUAUUUUGUUUGUGUGCGCUCACGUGCAGCACUUGAUUUAUAUUUUUGUCAAGCUACAGACUGUAAUGUAGUGAGAAAGGGAAUUUCUUUCUGUACUGUAAAUCAGGUUUGUUUCUUUGGUGGCUGGUGGUUGUCUAUAUGUACUGUAUUACAUCACACAAAUCAGAUGCAUUAUCUGAAAUGUAGGGAAAUGUUAUGUAUGUAAAGGAAAUGUAGUAUAGUCAGCCAGUCCUUUUUAAAAAAUAAACCCCAAAGUGAAGUUGAGGGGUGUUGUGUCACCCUAAAGAGGUUUGCACAUGAUCCCACUAAUUCCACUCUACUUGAAUAAAUAAGUAAUGUAUGUAACAUUAGUUUGAGUGUAAAUGAUUUAAAUGUGUGAGGAAAGGGAGCAUGGAGUGGAAUGCUGUGGUUGACCAAUCAGAAUCAAGUAAUUCUCUUGAUGCCAAGCCGUAGUGCAAAGCUUUGUGAUUGCGGUUACAAAUUGUAAAGGACCAAAUCAAAAUUUAAAAGACACGGUAAGCUAUUAACUAAAGGUUUUGUUUUUUGUACCAGAA